CUCUCCGCCUCCUCGCAACGCUUCCCCCACCCCGAGUCCUCGAUACACCUGCCGCCACCCGACAUGGGGAAGAGGCUGAGGUCGACACGGCCGCAGCAGUCCAAGCGAUCCAGCAAGGCGGCGGCGGUGUCCGACUCUGACGACGACGAGAUUGACGCCUUCCCCAAGCAGCGGGACGCCACCCCCCUCAACGCCGACGACUCGAGGGACCCAGAGGAGGAGGAUCCGGUGCAGCCUGUCAACGAUCUCGAGGGUGUUUCCGGCCAUGAAACUGAUGAUGGCGAAGAAGGCAAGGACGGCGAUGGAAGUGAUGACAGCGAAGGAGGUAAGGACGGCGACACGGACGCAGAUAAUUAUGAGGUAUGGGGCAAAAAAUAUGUGGCAAAAAUCAAGAGAGCGCACAAGGCAAUCCAACAAAUUUUUACCGGUGAUGAUAGUUCGGAUGAAUUUGAUUGGGGUAGCGGAAAUACAUUAUACUAUGAUGGCGAUGAGCAUGAUGCUGAUGAUCUUGACUGUGAAGAGACAAGGAGGAUACAAGCAGAGAAGGAUAGUAAGCUGUCAAUGAAAGAUUUCGGAUUAGACGACGAUGAUGAGGAGGGAAAAUCUAGCAACUUACUGGUUCUGGACAGAGUAAAACAGGGUGCUGAAGUAGGCAAAUUGACAAAGAAUGGGCCUUCUAAUGGGCACCAUGAAAUUGCCAAAAGGAAGAGCAAGGAUGAAGGAAAAAGGGCUGAGAAGGGGUUGAAGGAAAAAGGGUUGAAGCCAAAGUUGUCAAAAACCAGGGCAACCAAUAAUAGGAAAAAACUGCAGACAUUGGAUGACUUUGAUGAUGAAGUGCAGAAAUUUAGUUGAGUGAUCAAACCUGGAAGCUCCUGGUGAAUGCCACUGGCUCAAAUAGAAACAAGUUCAAGUCUGUUUCUGGUGAUGAUGACAUUCCAAAGCGAGAUGAGAUUGGUGAAAGACGUCGAAAACACGAACUACGUGUUCUUGCUCGGGUAGGAACCAAUACGCGUGAAGAUAACAAGGACGGCGACGAUGAAGCAUCGGAGUCUGAAGAUGAAUUCUA